AUGAGAGGAAGAGACACACACAAGCGCAGACACAGAAACCCAUGGAGGGUGUACUGCCCCAUCAGUCCAUGGAGGGUGUACUGCCCCAUCAGCCCAUGGAGGGUGUACUGCCCCAUCAGCCCAUGGAGGGUGUACUGCCCCAUCAGUCCAUGGAGGGUGUACUGCCCCAUCAGCCCAUGGAGGGUGUACUGCCCCAUCAGCCCAUGGAGGGUGUACUGCCCCAUCAGCCCAUGGAGGGUGUACUGCCCCAUCAGUCCAUGGAGGGUGUACUGCCCCAUCAGCCCAUGGAGGGUGUACUGCCCCAUCAGUCCAUGGAGGGUGUACUGCCCCAUCAGCCCAUGGAGGGUGUACUGCCCCAUCAGCCCAUGGAGGGUGUACUGCCCCAUCAGCCCAUGGAGGGUGUACUGCCCCAUCAGUCCAUGGAGGGUGUACUGCCCCAUCAGCCCAUGGAGGGUGUACUGCCCCAUCAGCCCAUGGAGGGUGUACUGCCCCAUCAGUCCAUGGAGGGUGUACUGCCCCAUCAGCCCAUGGAGGGUGUACUGCCCCAUCAGCCCAUGGAGGGUGUACUGCCCCAUCAGCCCAUGGAGGGUGUACUGCCCCAUCAGUCCAUGGAGGGUGUACUGCCCCAUCAGCCCAUGGAGGGUGUACUGCCCCAUCAGUCCAUGGAGGGUGUACUGCCCCAUCAGCCCAUGGAGGGUGUACUGCCCCAUCAGCCCAUGGAGGGUGUACUGCCCCAUCAGCCCAUGGAGGGUGUACUGCCCCAUCAGUCCAUGGAGGGUGUACUGCCCCAUCAGCCCAUGGAGGGUGUACUGCCCCAUCAGCCCAUGGAGGGUGUACUGCCCCAUCAGCCCAUGGAGGGUGUACUGCCCCAUCAGUCCAUGGAGGGUGUACUGCCCCAUCAGCCCAUGGAGGGUGUACUGCCCCAUCAGCCCAUGGAGGGUGUACUGCCCCAUCAGUCCAUGGAGGGUGUACUGCCCCAUCAGCCCAUGGAGGGUGUACUGCCCCAUCAGCCCAUGGAGGGUGUACUGCCCCAUCAGCCCAUGGAGGGUGUACUGCCCCGUCAUGAAGGGCCAAGAUGUGUUCAUUCUGAUCGCUGUGUAA